UAGUGCGGUUACUCGGGAUAAGACAUCCGUGCACGAUGUAGCGAUCGGUGAGUAGUAAAGUUGUUCUGCAUGAUAAUCAGUAUAGUAGUGAAAAGUACAUCAAUCAACAUGUAUCCGCAAUCGUUCGGUUACUUAGUACCAAUAAUAAUUUUUCUGCAUUUAUUAAUAUAUAAUUUAGCAGAUUCUCGUCAUCUCUAUCGGAUGGAGAUACCGCGCAAGUGUUGUUCUCCCGAUAAUUUUUUUAACGAGCAUUUAGAGUGUAUUAAUCGAACUGUUAAAUCAUCCCUAUCGAGUAUUGAUAUUAAAAAAAAAUCCUCAUUUUUAUCAUCAGCUUUAACUUUACUAUCAACAUCACCAUUUUUGUCAAGCAGUGAUGGGUUAAAGUGCAUAUUCAAUGAGUCGCUGAUUUUUAACGGAACCUAUAAAUUAGACUCGAGGGACUCGUAUGUAACACUCCAUGCGCCAAAUAAUUUUUGCAUCGAGGACACCGUCAAUGGGACAACAGUGUUGGCUAGAUGUCCGUCUCCAGAGGAACGACAUCGUUCGCAGAUCCACAAUCUGGGUGCGGUUAUAUUCUGGGGAGCGCAGACCUACAUGUCUACAAACAUCGCCCACGUGGUCUUGUGUACUAUUGUUGUUGUUAUCUACCUGUCUGUACCACAGCUACAACGUGGUCUCUACAAUCGUGCCGUUGUCAGACACAAUAUAUGUCUCAUGAUGACUGGUGUCGUCUUACAAAUGCUCGGCUUCUGCGAGCUUGGAAACUGCCAAUUCAAUGACUACUUGAUGAUUUUUUCAUGGCUGAGUCUUCAGUACUUCACCAUCGCUACCGUAUUUUGGCUAAAUGUUAUUUGUUAUGACAUGACUUUGGCAAUAACCAAGUUCCGUUGGAUAACUGGAGCCGGACAGCAUGACAAUAUUGAUGAGAAUCGUAAGAUUUUUAUUUAUGGACUGUUUGCCUGGGGAGGCUCUUUCUUGCCGGUGAUCCUUGCCGGUCUCUGUGAUUACAUUCCUUCGGUACCGAAAGACUUUAUUCUUAAACCGAAUUACUUAAAGUUUCGUGACGGACCAAGCCCUAUUGUAAAUCUGUAUUUUUUUCUCGUACCCGCGUUUACUUUGCUGCUAAACAAUAUUUUGUUUAUUUACACAACAUUCAAAAUAAUCAAGAUUCAACGCAGCACUCAGAUCGCGACGUCCAAUCAGAAAAAUUUAUUGAAAAAAAAAUACUUUUUGUUUCUGAGAUUGUAUUUACUGAUGGGCGCGCCCUGGUUCUUCGGAAUGGUACUCGCGUGUUUGAAUAAACUUGUUUUACUUAAAACAUGUCGGCUAAUACAGCCUUCGCUGUGGCUUCUGAUACUCGCGACUCACAAAUACGUCAUUACUAAAAUAAAAUCCUUGUCUGCUAGUUACAAGCGCAGAAAAUGUAGCGUCACAACUAUCAGCGCUUAAUUUACCAGCAAGUGGAAAUCAUAUUUUAGUGAUAAGUGGCAAAGUGGAAAAAUCAUUUUUAUGAUAAAAUGUACAUUACGAGUAAAGAUUGAGAAAUACAAAGACUGAAUAUUUUAUAAUAAACGUGCAUUAAUUAGCACUUUAGUAUAUUUUAUACAUUUAUGUGAAUAAGUACUCCGGGAUAUCCAGUACUAUUUAUAAAGUCUUGUUGGCAAGUGAUAUUGAAGUUGUGGUUUAA